CCAUUUCCGCCGGGGGCGGGCCCGGCUGUUCGGAACCGCGGCGGCUGUGGCGGAGGCGGGGAUCCCGCGGCUGCGGCGACGGCGGCCGCGGCGGAGCCACGGGUCGGGCUCCGCUCCGUGUGACGGCGGCCGCGGCGGCGGUGGCGGCCGCGACCAGGUCGGCGUCCUGGCCAAGCAUGGUGACAGCCUGUGCCCUCGGCCCCCUCGUCUGGCGCAGCCGGAAGAGCCGCCAGCCUCGGGCGCCGAUGGCCCCCCGUGUGAGGGAGUGAGCAGCCUGGCCCUGCCCUACGGAUCGAGGGGGGACGCAGCGGCCGAGUGACCUGAGACCACGCUGCCGACCCCCUCCCACCAGUUGACGGAUGGUGGAGCGAGCCAUGAGCGACCCACGUCAGGGUCGUGGAAUGAUGGUGGGAGGCGAGGCAUGAGUGACCCCCGUGGUCACCUGUAACUAACUUCUUGGUAGCAAUAGUGGUCUCGGUGCCCCAGGCCGACUCAGCGGACCCUCCCCGGCCGUCGCCCCAGCUGAUGGGGCCACCAGGGCCCCGAGCCGCAGCUUGACCGUCCAGACCCCACCCUGCCCAGCCAUGGCCGGCGCCGAGGGCUUCCAGUACCGCGCGCUGUACCCGUUCCGCCGGGAGCGGCCGGAGGACCUGGAGCUGCUGCCCGGGGACGUGCUGGUGGUGAGCCGAGCAGCCCUGCAGGUGCUGGGCGUGGCCGAGGGCAACGAGCGCUGCCCACAGAGCGUGGGCUGGAUGCCGGGCCUCAAUGAGCGCACGCGGCAGCGAGGUGACUUCCCCGGCACCUACGUCGAGUUCCUGGGUCCUGUAGCCCUGGCCCGGCCCGGCCCUCGUCCGCGUGGCCCCCGCCCACUGCCCGCCAGGCCCCGGGACGGGCCCCCUGAGCCAGGCCUCACGCUCCCUGACCUGCCAGAGCAGUUCGUCCCACCUGACGUGGCCCCCCCGCUCCUGCUGAAGCUCGUGGAGGCCAUUGAGCGGACAGGGCUAGACAGCGAAUCCCUCUACAGGCCUGAGCUGCCCGCCCCGCGCACAGACUGGUCCCUGAGCGACGUGGAGCAGUGGGACGCCACAGCCCUGGCAGAUGGCGUCAAGGGCUUCCUGCUGGCGCUGCCCGCCCCCCUCGUGACGCCCGAGGCUGCGGCCGAAGCGCGCCGGGCCCUGCGGGAGGCCACGGGGCCCGUGGGGCCGGCGCUGGAGCCCCCGACGCUGCCACUGCACCGCGCGCUCACGCUGCGCUUCCUGCUCCAGCACCUGGGCCGGGUGGCCCGACGUGCCCCGGCUCCGGGCCCCGCCGUGCGAGCCCUGGGCGCCACCUUCGGGCCGCUGCUGCUGCGCGCGCCGCCCCCUUCGCCGCCGCCAGGGGGCGCGCCCGACGGGACUGAGCCCAGCCCUGACUUCCCGGCGUUGCUGGUGGAGAAGUUGCUUCAGGAACAUCUGGAAGAGCAGGAGGUCGCACCCCCAGCGCUGCCGCCCAAACCCCCCAAGGCCAAGCCAGCCCCCGCAGGUCUAGCCAAUGGGGGGAGCCCGCCCUCCCUGCAGGAUGCCGAGUGGUACUGGGGUGACAUCUCCAGGGAGGAAGUGAAUGAGAAACUCCGGGACACACCCGACGGCACCUUUCUGGUCCGAGAUGCAUCCAGCAAGAUCCAGGGGGAAUACACACUGACCCUCAGGAAAGGCGGGAACAACAAGCUGAUUAAGGUCUUCCAUCGUGACGGGCACUAUGGCUUCUCAGAGCCGCUCACCUUCUGCUCCGUUGUGGACCUCAUCACCCACUACCGUCACGAGUCGCUGGCCCAGUACAAUGCCAAACUGGACACACGGCUCCUCUACCCGGUGUCCAAGUACCAGCAGGACCAGAUCGUCAAGGAGGACAGCGUGGAGGCGGUGGGUGCCCAGCUCAAAGUCUAUCACCAGCAGUACCAGGACAAGAGCCGCGAGUACGACCAGCUCUACGAGGAGUACACACGCACCUCCCAGGAACUGCAGAUGAAGCGCACAGCAAUUGAGGCCUUCAACGAGACCAUCAAGAUCUUUGAAGAGCAGGGCCAGACACAAGAGAAGUGUAGCAAGGAGUAUCUGGAGCGCUUCCGGCGUGAGGGCAAUGAGAAAGAGAUGCAGAGGAUCCUGCUGAACUCAGAGCGGCUCAAGUCUCGCAUCGCCGAGAUCCACGAGAGCCGCACGAAGCUGGAGCAGGAGCUGCGGGCACAGGCCUCCGACAACCGGGAGAUCGACAAGCGCAUGAACAGCCUCAAGCCAGACCUCAUGCAGCUCCGCAAGAUCCGAGACCAGUACCUCGUGUGGCUUACCCAGAAAGGUGCCCGGCAGAAGAAAAUCAACGAGUGGUUGGGGAUCAAAAAUGAGACCGAGGACCAGUAUGCGCUGAUGGAAGACGAGGAUGACCUCCCCCACCACGAGGAACGCACGUGGUACGUGGGCAAGAUCAACCGCACGCAGGCGGAGGAAAUGCUGAGUGGCAAGCGGGAUGGCACCUUCCUCAUCCGCGAGAGCAGCCAGCGGGGCUGCUAUGCCUGCUCUGUGGUGGUGGACGGCGACACCAAGCACUGUGUCAUCUACCGCACGGCCACCGGCUUCGGCUUCGCGGAGCCCUACAACCUGUACGGGUCGCUGAAGGAGCUGGUGCUGCAUUACCAGCACGCCUCGCUGGUGCAGCACAACGACGCGCUCACCGUCACACUCGCCCACCCCGUGCGGGCCCCCGGGCCCGGGCCCCCGCCGGCUACACGCUGACCACCGAGCACCGGCCCGGAGAGGUCACCCCCGGGCCCGGAGGCUGGGGGGGCAGUCCCAUCCUUCUGCCUCUGUCCCUUCUUCCGGAUUUUCUGUCUUGUCUGUCUGUCUCCUUUAGGAGCCUCUUCCUGUCUCUCUUUCCAUCUCUCUUUCUGAGCCUCCCUCCGUCUCUCCCUGUCACCCUGUCUCUUUCCCUCCCCACCUGUCGGUCCUUCUCUCUGUCCCUCUGUGUCUCCGGGUUGGGGGUCCUACCUCCCCAACCCCAUACCCCCCCCCCUCCAUGGGCACUGCCCUCCCCACGGCUCUGGCCACCCCUAAUCCUGUGUGCCCUGCCCACCAGAGCCCCCCCACCCCUGGGGUCCCCGAAGCCCCACCUGGCUGCACCUGCCAUGUUUACAGAGGCCCCUGGGCUGUGCGGCCCCAGCCUGGGUGCCCCGAUUUUUAAGCCAUAGACCUGGGGUCACGGCAGGAAGGAACUUUACUUGGCCACUUCCAAGAACUUCGGCUGGGACAUUCUGGGCCGGGCGGGACCCGCCCCCAGACCCAACUUCCCCUCCAAACCCUGAAGUGAAACCACCACUUGGUUAUCCCCCCCAUAGGGGCCACCGGCCAAGAAGCAACGCCCCAAAAUGAAAAGAGUUAAAAAUAAACUCACAAGCCGGCCCCACCCGGCACCAGGCCUCCCAGAAAUAGAGGCCCCCGGCACCGUUUGGGCGGCUGAGAUGCAUCACUGCCCACGGCACCUCUACUCAGUGUAGGUUCAAGGCUUCUCCUCGAUCAUGUUGGGUUCUGAUUUGAUUUUCUCUUGACUGUAAAGUCCCUUUUUCUCUCCUCUUUUGGGAUGAGAGCCCUGGUUUUCUACACUACCCGCGGGCCGCCCCCCCCCCCCCCCCACCUCCUGCCUGCCCAGCUAGGCUGGCAGGCAGGUUUUGUAAAGUACGUUGAUACUGAUACGGAUAUAAAACAUCGAACGUG